AGGAGAUAUACGACAGCCUCCUCGUCCAAGUACCAUCAUUUUGAUCCUGAUGGAACAGGAGGAGUUGGGCCGGCGGUUCCUAUUACGGAUGCAGAUUCAGCUUUUUCAGGAGGAGGAGGAGGUGCAACUGGAGGAGCCACAGAUACCAAUUAUAGCAGAUGUUUGCGAAGAGGAGCCCGAAGCGGAGGCCCUGUAGGAGGACAAGAUCUAGGGCUAGCCUCGAUCCGAGCAGACAGCAAUAAGACAAGUGCCGCGCGCCAAGGGGAGGUCCCGUCUGAUUUUUUUCUUGAACACAGAACAUUUUUACGUUUACGGAACCUCAAGAUCUAAAUGUAAAUCCAUGAGAACGCGUACAUGAAAUUGAAGCUUUUUUUUGGCUCUUGCAGUGCUUUUACCCCCCCUGUUAUGCUUGUGACAAAAAAUUUAAAUUCAGCAGAUGCAGAUAGAAAUGUUGAAC